UUUUGUUUUUUUUAUUUCUAUUUUUUGUUUAUUGAGCUGUGAAGCAAUACAUUGCUUAAUCCCUAUUCAGCAAAAAAAAAAAAACAGUUCUUCGUUCAGUUACUGAUGUUAAAAACCUUAUAAGAUAUAUUUAAUUUCAUUGUUUAUAUUUUAAAGAAAUAUAUCAAAACUCAGGAACCCCUGGAUAAGGUCAAGAAUAUCUCUGACUACAAUAACCGCUUAUCGCCCCCAGUCAACCCAAGUUCAAGUCAGUUACACAGUAGUGUUUGAGCAAACAGAACAUGGCGUCAAAUGGAAAACUAGCUCUUCUCAGCGUUUCAGACAAGACGGGUCUACUCUCGUUAGCAAAGAGCCUGUCGGAAUGUGGCCUGCAGUUGAUUGCCAGUGGCGGUACCGCCACGGCGCUUCGGAACGCCGGCCUCACAGUUCAAGAUGUGUCUGACAUCACGAGAGCACCGGAGAUGCUCGGAGGUCGGGUGAAAACUUUACAUCCAGCGGUACAUGCUGGGAUCUUAGCUCGAUUAUCCGACUCUGACCAGGAAGACAUGAAACGUCAGAAGUACGAGAUGAUAAGCGUGGUGGUCUGUAACCUGUACCCGUUCGUCCAGACGGUAUCUAAGCCGGACGUGACCGUGGCGGACGCGGUCGAGAACAUCGACAUCGGCGGCGUGACCCUCCUGCGCGCAGCAGCCAAGAACCACGACCGGGUCACCGUCGUCUGUGACCCGGCCGACUACGAUGCUGUAAUCAAAGAAAUCAAAGAGAACAAACAUCAUCAGACGACUUUGGGCACAAGGCAGAGAUUAGCCCUGAAGGCGUUCACUCAUACUUCGGACUAUGACCUCGCCAUAUCGGACUACUUCCGCAAGCAAUACUCGCCCGGACAAGCCCAACUGACCUUAAGAUACGGUAUGAACCCACAUCAGAAACCGGCCCAGGUUUUCACGACCAGAGACAGCUUGCCGAUCACGACACUGAACGGUGCGCCUGGAUUUAUCAACCUGUGCGACGCGCUGAACGCCUGGCAGCUCGUCAAGGAGCUGAAGGAAGCGCUGAACCUUCCUGCUGCGGCUAGCUUCAAGCACGUGUCCCCUGCCGGAGCCGCCGUGGGCUUGCCGCUCACGGAUGAAGAGGCGGCGGUGUGCAUGGUGGCGGGCGAACUAAGCGCGCUAGCGUGCGCGUACGCGCGGGCUCGCGGCGCCGACCGCAUGAGCUCCUUCGGGGACUUCGUGGCGCUCUCCGACCCCUGUGACGUCAGCACCGCCACCAUCAUCUCCAGGGAGGUGUCCGACGGCGUCAUCGCGCCGGGAUACUCGCCCGAAGCACUCAAACUACUCAGCAAGAAGAAGGGCGGGAACUACUGUGUUUUAAAGAUUGAUCCCACUUACGAACCGAGUCUCAUGGAGCAAAAGACCAUCUUCGGUUUAACAUUGGAGCAAAAACGUAACGAUGCGAAGAUCACCGCUGAACUUUUCAAAAACGUCGUGACCACCAAGAAGGAUUUGCCAUCGAACGCCGUGAGGGACCUCAUCGUGGCGACGAUUGCUCUAAAGUACACUCAGAGUAACUCGGUCUGCUUCGCCCGUGAUGGACAGGUGAUCGGUAUUGGUGCGGGGCAGCAGUCGCGCAUCCACUGCACGCGGCUGGCGGGGGGCAAGGCGGCGCUGUGGUGGCUGCGCCGACACCCCAGCGUGCUCGCCAUGAGGUUCAGGCAGGGCGUCACGCGCGCGGUGCAGGCCAACGCCAUCGACAACUACGUCAACGGAACUGUCGGAUCUGAUUUGCCAUUAGAACAAUGGGACACGUUGUUCGAAGGCAAACCACCAGCCCUAUUAACGGACUCCCAACGCGAGGAAUGGAUCAAGAAGAUGGAUAAAGUGGCCCUCGCUUCCGACGCUUUCUUCCCAUUCAGAGACAACAUCGACCGAGCUGUGCAGUGCGGGGUGGAAUACAUCGGCAGUCCGUCUGGCUCGAACAACGAUCAAGAAGUCAUUGAAGCGUGCAACGAACACAAAAUAGCGCUCGCGCAUACUAACUUGCGUCUUUUCCACCAUUGAUG